GUACCAUAUGUAUACAAAGUGAAAAAAUCACAUUCCUUGUAAGCAAGAAAAGUAUAUUCACAAAUCACUACAUAUAUGUAUAUAUAUGUAUAUGAAAACCAAUUUUGUUCAUUAAAUUUAUCAUUUAUUAUUUAUCGUCUAUUUAAAUUUUUCAAUAUUUAUUAACAUCACUAUUAACUUUUGCCAUUUUUAAAUCAUUCUUCACAAAAAAUAUAUAUGCCUUAGUUAUUGUUUAUGCCGCGCUGUGACGCUACGUUAGCUAAAAAUCACGACGAGUAAUUGUAUUAUUUUAUCAUUCUAAUUAAAACUUAAAUUAUUUUCUUAAUCAUUGUGAAUGUAUCAAUGUUAAUAUGGCUUCGACUGAACUUGAAUGGGCUAAAUACGCAGACGAACAAGAAAAACUAUCAGCAAAGGUGUCCAAUUUAAAUAUAGACAAAGAACCUAAAGAAAAUACAGCAAAUUCAGAUUCCAAAAAUGAUGAUGGUUCGGAUGAGCAAAUCUCAGCCGCAGAAAAAUCAUUAUUCCAAAAAAUUAUACGUAAAGGUUUGGUAGAAACAACACAAGAUAUAGAAGUUCAAAGAAAGGAUCCAUCUUCACCUUUAUAUAGUGUUAAAUCUUUUGAAGCUCUUCAUCUUAAACCUGCUUUAUUAAGAGGAGUAUAUGCAAUGGGAUUUAAUGCUCCAUCAAAAAUUCAAGAAACUGCAUUACCUACUUUACUUGCUGAUCCACCACAAAAUAUGAUUGCUCAGUCACAAUCUGGGACAGGUAAAACAGCAGCAUUUGUAUUAGCAAUGCUAAGCAGAGUCGACACCACCAAAAAUUAUCCUCAAGUGCUUUGCUUAUCACCAACUUACGAAUUAGCUAUACAAACAGGAGAAGUAGCAGCGAAAAUGUCUGCAUUCUGUAAUGAAAUAAAAAUAAAAUAUGCUGUAAGAGGAGAAGAAAUAAGUCGUGGAUCAAAGAUUACAGAACACAUAAUCAUUGGAACGCCAGGAAAAGUUUUAGAUUGGGCUAUUAAAUUUAAGUUCUUUAAUUUAAGUAAAAUAUCAGUUUUUGUUUUAGAUGAAGCAGAUGUAAUGAUAGCAACACAAGGUCAUCAAGACCAGUGUAUUCGUAUUCAUAAGCAGCUUCCACGCACAUGUCAAAUGAUGUUUUUCUCUGCAACUUAUGAGCCAGAAGUGAUGAAAUUUGCAGAAAUUAUAGUUAAUAAUCCUUUAAUAAUAAGGUUACUGAAAAAAGAGGAAAGUUUAGAUAAUAUUAAACAAUAUUAUGUAAAAUGCAAGGAUCUGGAUGAAAAAUAUGCAGCUAUUACCAACAUAUAUGGUGUAAUAACAAUAGGACAGGCAAUUAUUUUUUGUCAUACUAGAAAAACAGCGGGUUGGUUAGCCGAAAAAAUGACAAAAGACGGUCAUGCAGUAGCUGUUUUAUCUGGGGAACUGACAGUUGAACAGAGAAUUUCAGUUUUGGAUCGUUUUAGAGCUGGUCUUGAAAAAGUUCUUAUCACAACUAAUGUUUUAGCCAGAGGUAUUGACGUUGAACAAGUAACAAUAGUUGUCAAUUUUGAUUUACCAGUGGAUCAAAAUCAGCAAGCAGAUUGUGAAACAUAUUUGCAUAGAAUUGGCCGUGCUGGACGUUUCGGUAAAUCUGGAAUUGCUAUUAAUCUAAUAGAUUCGUCUCAUGCAAUGCAAAUAUGUAAGGAUAUAGAAGAACAUUUUGGAAGAAAAAUACAUUACCUUGAUGCAGAAGAUGCAGAUGAAAUAGAAAAAAUAGGAGCCUAGAUUAAUAUAAUCUAAGAAAUACAAUUAUGCUUUUUAUCAAAUAUGCAUAGAUAUAUUGUAAUAUCUCCUAAAAGAAUAGACAUUUGUAUUCUCAACAUGAA